CCGGGUUCGGGGAAAACGCUGGAUCUGUUCAAGGCCCACUAUCCCUGCAGGAAUAAGAAUUUACCGUUAGGUAGGGAGAAGGAAUACUUGAUGGCGAUGGAGCUGUUGAAAGACAAGAAGAUGGCGCGGUUUGCGUACUUGAGGAAAAGCGAACAGGAUUUUGUGGACGAAAAGGAAAACAACGAGAUGUUGGCAUCACAACAAACGGACCAAUUUUCCCAGUACAUGAAGAAAUUCGACAAAUCCGACACGGUUCAAUCCACCCUCCACGUGAACCCGGAAUCCAAAUACGUGAACUUAGGCAACCACAUGUACUACCUGGGGUCCCGAACCGAUUCUAUGGGUAUGAAGCCACGCGAGUACCGCGGGGGCGAGGGAACUGCGGGCAGUGGGGGAACUACGAGUACAACUUCUGGAGCGGGUAGCUCCUCAUCUGCCACCAGCAGUUCCAGUAGUUCUACUCAGCCGACCUCCUCGUUCGCCACAGCAGUUAAUACCAGCCAAGCGGGUCAAGUCUUCAACCCACGGAAGCACUUGGAUUAUGUGCCAUCCCAUUUGGAAAACACGAUCCCCACCCAGGAAUAUUACGCGGGGCAAAUCCGGAACGGCGUGAUGCAUUUGACCCCGAUCACGGGGGGGACCUGGCGGGUGAAACAGGACCAGGAGCAUCUGGAGAACGAGCACUUGCUGAACCAAGCAGUGGAGUACUGCGGGCAGGAGUUGGAGCAUUUGACGUCCUCGGGGGGGAAUUCAACUCAAGGUGGUUCUUUCGGAGGAGUAGGACACCAGCACCAGCAAAGUCAACAAUUAUCCCAGGCGGAAAAGGAUCGGAAGGCAGCGCAGGAGCCGUGGAACAUCGUCAACAAUGACUUGCACAAUGACCCCUGGGUGAAUCAACGGGUGUUUUCUCGAGAGGAAUCGAAAGAGCUGAUUCGGGAAUAUUUUGUUUCCGAUCCACUGUCGAAGGCGACGGCGAGUACUUUUACUACUACAGAGACUACUGCUGGUCGUGGUGCUUCGGGAAACAAGAAUGGCCCUAGUAGUUCGAGUUCUAGAGGUGCUGCAGGGGAGGUUACAACAGCAGUAACUCCUUCCAGUAAUAUUCCAGUCCCCCUACUUUUCCACAAAGCCAAUUACCUCUCCAAAAAAGACGAGGGCACACGGGAGAUUAUCAAGUAUAAUUGCGAAGCGACUGUGAAAGAGGACUACUUCAAGCACAAGAACGACGAGUUUUUGAGGGAAAAACGGGUUUUCAUCAACUUCUGGAAAGCGCUGACCAAGGGGAGGACAGAAUUAGUAAAGCGGAUGGGAGCGCCUUUGUAUAAGCCACCGAAACCGAGGUCUACGCACUGCAGUGAUUACGGGUUGGCGAAGUUAUCCAUCCGCGAGCAGAUUAUCGCGAUCUCGUAUUUUCACUGUCAAGAGUCUCCUGGAUUACUACCCGCGGACUGGCCGUUUGUGUUGUGGUACAACUUACCGAUCGCGACGAGGUAUUUUCUACGGAACGUGAACUUCAAAUUCGGAGAUUUUUUGUCCGACGGGGAGAAAAAGUGCUAUGGGGUGCAUGGAGUGGAGAAAAAUGAGGAUGAUGAUGAUACAGACCAGGACGAGGAAGAAGACCACCACCUUAUCGCGGAGGACAAGUCGAAGCCGAUAUUGUCCGAGCAAGAAGCGGCGCACUACUGCAUGACAGAGUUCUUCUUCAUGCUGGGGGCGAAUAUUGCGAACGGAGUUCUUGCACAAGGAGGUGUUGCUGGGAACAAUGGUAUGAAAGGAAGUAGCGGUGGUGGUGCAACAGGAAAAGGACUGCAACAAAAUUUCCCCGCCAACCCCGAUUUGCAGCCGUACUGUGGGUGGCUGCUGAAAUCGAGCUUCAUGCAGCACCUGAGUGCGGACGAAAAAAUGGUGCGGGAUUCCUUGAUUCUGAUGUUCAUGUCCGCGCGAAGCAGAACCUCACAGAUCGAGGGGUGGCGACGGAAGAUGAGCACGCUUUACACUGCCGACACGAUUGCGAAGGUAUAGAAACUUUGGGUUUGACUGUGAAGAAUGGAUUUUGUCAUACAGUUUGAGUUUGAAGAAUGCCUUCUGUUAUGCUGUGUUUUUCGAUGGUGAAUAGGAAAAGGAAUACUUAAGUACUUCGUUAUAUUACUUGCAAAUUAGGCAAAAAAUGUUCUGCAAAACUUCCCAUUACAGAUUGAGCGCGAGAUGAUUGCCUCUUACGAGUCGGACGCAGCCGGGGCGCAGCGAGCAACCUUGAAGCGGUACGACUAUAUCGAUACCUGGGCGGACCCGCAGGUCUUGGAGAAAUAUUCGACGAAAUUAGAUAGCGUCAAGGCGAGCAUUAUCAAGCCCCUGAAAGAACGCGGGAUGGCGGCCGGGAAACAAGGAAAAGGCGGGGCUCCUGGAGGAGCUGCAGGGAAUAAACAACAAGGCAAGGCAGCCGGUAGUGGUGCUGGAAUAAAGGGCGGUAAAUUAUCGGGGACGACUGCAGCAGGAGCGAAAGGAGGUGCGAAGGGACAGCAGAUGACCACAGGAGAGGAACUACAUCAAGACCAAGUAGACGCUCAGUCGAACAUCUUCAAGAAAAUUCGCUCCUUAAAGCUGCUCUUUGACGUCCGUAUGAUCUUGGCUGACAGAGCAUACAGCGAAGAAGAACUCAUGAAGAAGCUGCAGCGGGAGUACCCAAAUACCGCGAUCACCAUCCCCCUCCUCGAACAAGUCGUGAACCUCAUCAAUGACAAAGGGUACUACGAAAAGAGCGAGGGAAUUUCUCUCACGCCUUUGUACCCAACCGAUAAAGAAGACUUGAUCGGGAUCACAGAGUGCUUGACCAUCAAGCCGGAAAUGAUGGAAAGGAUGAAAAACGUCCACUACUUGUACCACACGGGCUUCGGAACCCACACUGGGUAUACCAUGACGCCCUGGAAACUCUUCGACCAGUCCAAGCGGGUGUAUUACUACAAGAAGUUUUCCGAUCAAAGUUUCUGGUACAACCAAACGAAAUACUUCAAAUUGAUAAGGCAGUACGUCUUUGAAUAUUUCGACGAGUGUGGCGCGGGCGUGGAACAGGAUGUGGUGAAGAAGAUCAAGCGGAAGUUACCCGGGUUUGAGGUGUGUACUUUGGAUCAGUUGGAAGAGAUGGAAAAAAACGAAGGGAAGAAAGCUGAAAAAUUUGACGGGUUGAAAAUCUCCGCGUCCGACUUGCGGAGGCUGAUUAACGAAUUUGCGCAAUGGAAAAACGGACUCUACAUUUUUCACGGGUUUAUUGGGAAAUAACCGUGAAGAUGAAGAAGAAACAAAGGCGCAUAGAUUGAUCGACGUCAUAAUUUGAAGCAUGCAGCCAAACAUCAAAAGUUUCGCAGUUCUUGUUGAUGUGUCACACAAGAGUAAUAUCAAACGACCUUUGCAAGUAGAAUCCAUCACGACCUUUGCAAGUAGAAUCCAUGAACUGUUCGCGAUGAAACAGAAUGAUAUUGAAUCCGUG